AUAUCGAUGAGUGUCUGCAUGUGUGCGUGGGUCUGACUGGUGUUGGCCGUUUCGUGUUUCGGUCGAGUAGCAUCUGUGACACAUCAUGAACGUUUUAGCGAUAUAUUAUCUAGUGCCUUCCUACCAGGCAAAGACGGUGCAUUUCACUGUGUGCUGCGGUGUUGCUUGACACUGCCAUUCUUGGGGUUGUCAUGCCCCGUGUCUCGACCGAUGCUGAACUUCGGGAAAGAAGAUGCUCCAGUCAUUAGAAUACCGUUGUCUUCCUGCUCCGUUCAUUCAGUGUGUGAAACGUUGGUGUUUGUGUGGAGCAUGUGUACAUCGUAUGAGUGAUCGUUCGACGACUGUGUGAACGUUUCGUGCCAGUUUGUUACCACCCCUGCCUUUCCUGCUGCGGCAGACGACGUUCUGUGCUUUGGAAUUUACAUCACUUAAUCAUCAGUACUCAUGGCUGAUGAGGAGAAACCGUUCGCCUGCGACGUGUCAGGCUGUGGAAUCAAGUUUGUCUGCGAAGACAAGCUGACGAGCCACAAAAGGAGGCACAAAAUGAUGCUGUCAUUGAAUUUCGCGAACACUGGCGCCGGCCCAAGGAACUGCAUUGAGCAAACUCCUACACCAACGAGAUUCAUGGAAAUAAUUGAAGAGGAAGGCCUGUUUCAAGAGCUACAACCUGAAUUCACGACCCCCGAGCCUGUUCAUGCUGUUAAUCCAUUUGAGGCAGACUUUCGUAGGGCGUCUAGCGGGGAAAUAGUCGCAAAGGAGCCAAGCCACAUCCUUAGCACGAGUGAACCACUGAACACACCCUGCAUUCUGCCUGUCACAGCCGAUCCCCUUUCACUCCGGGGUCAGUUCACUCCAGCUUCAUCUGUUCCCGAAUUCGGGCGAGCCCCUUUGCCCACUCCCAAAGCAGAGGAGGUGUCUAACGAGAGCACUAGUGCACUGUCGUCCAGUGAACCAACUAGUGCUUCGACUGCGAGUGAAAGUAGCAUUUCACUUGAAGAGGCAACAGUGGUUGCAGCUGCUCCUGAUGCAAAGGAGGAAGCGUCGCCAGGCCCAAUCAUUAGUGACAAACCUGCUGUGCUUCGAGUGAGCACACCUGCUGAGGCACAAGCUGCUGUGACUGGGACAAUUUCUGCUGACAGUGUCCUAGUGGCGACUAGCCCUGUUGCCCAAGUGCUCCCAGGAGUUUCCACGAACAAUGUGGCACCGGUUGUAGCCCCAGUCAUAGCACCAACUGUUACUCCUAUAGUGCCACCUGUGUGCUCUUUGCCUACCUCCAAGGCAACCACCAUCAUUACACCUUCAAAUGUUAUUCAGAUUGGUGACAGUGUCCAGCUGCUGAUUGUAGCCAACUCGGCUCCCACUAUCGGGGCCGCAACACAAUUACCUGCUGCGUCUGUUCCUCUCCUGCAACAGAACACAGAAACAAAAUUGAAGGACACACUGGUUGUCAAAGGCCUCAGCAGUACCAACAAUGACAAGCAGGCAACAAAAUGUACGCUGCCCACACCUCAGAUGACCAAGCCUCUGAUUGCAGCAACAGACCCAAAUCUAAGCGAUAGCAAACACCGGUGUAUAGAGGCCAUUGACGAUGAACGGAAGAAGAAAAACAGAGAGAACAACAGGUAUGCUGCACAGAGAUCCCGAGCCAAAAAGAAGCGCCAAUGUGAGGCCAUGAGAAAGGAGUUGGAUGACUACAAGAAGCUGUGUGCUGAUCUGACGGCACGAAACCUGGAACUCAUGAACCAGAGGUCUAUGUCGAGAGAGAUGGAACUGCAGUACAAAGAUGAGAUUUUCAAGCUCAGGAAACAGCUGGCUCUCCACAGCAGCUGUUCAGUUACAUUGGAACUACAAAAGAAAGAAAAGGACCGCCAAAGCAAUCAGGGGAAGCCAAGAACGGAAAUUGUUCCUCAGGGUCCAGCUGCUAUUACGUUUUCAAGCACAUUGGCAUUGCCAACUCAGUUGUCACUUCUUGUUGCCGCAAAGGAUCCACUGACAAGGACAGUUUUGAAGUGACAAGUGAAUUGAAAACAACUGGUGCUUCCAUUAUGUGUCUUCACGACCUCCUGCUAGACGAUGAGCAUUUCGAUUCCCACGCAAUAGAUGGUACAUUAUUGUUUUAUUUUGCUGCCUUCUCUCCCCUUUUGUUGCAAUAUAAGUUAUACGGACACUUGAGCUGGCCUUCACACAGUUGCUAUGCUGUCCCAGCAACCCGUGGGCCGAGUGUUGGAGGUUAUGUAAUCUGCUGCUAGUGUGAGGACAAUCCAGAACGCUAGCGCCUUGAUGCAUGCUGCGUUUCUUCAUGCCCGGUGUUGGAAGUCACAUGAUCUGCUAAACUUUGGAGGUGCUGCACAGUGUAAGGGUAAAGGGUGUGGCAACAUGAAAUGUUCGCUUUGAGCCAACCUACUGCUGGCAGUCCUCAUCACGGCAGCGUUGUACCAAGUGCACGCAGUCAUUAGAGAGAUUUAGAAUAGGGGCCCCAAAAAUUUGGGGCCCCAAAGAGCUUUGCAGGUGUUGGCGUUGGGCCAUGCAGGAGUGAAGAGUUUUAUAAUAGGGCUUUGUGUUUGCGAAUAGCGUCUUGCGCUUGCAGUGCCACUACAGCGUCAAAGAAAAACUAUUAUAAGUAUUAAAAUAAACUAUACCAUUUUAUGAUAAGAAAAGUAAUUUUGACUUUCGUGUUUUUGCAUUUAAUUACAAUUUAGAAGUUAUUCUAUUAGCAGCAAGCGAUUUGUUGCGUUUAAUUUUGAGCAAACAACUUUACGUGCCUUCACCAGCCAAGCUAAUCCACUUUGGGCCUAUGAGCCAUGAAAUCGACAAUCGAAUCCGGAAUCAGCGGCCUCUAAUGAUUCAAUCUUCAUUACACACGUUUGUUGAGAGAAAGCGAUAACCGCAGUCACUUCUCCUAGCUAACGAACUUCACGCGAUAUCACGAAUCGAGCCCAGUUGGGUGCUGUUAGAGGCACGGCUUCAAUGGGUGCCGCCAUGUUUGUUGUCGCAAAGCUUUUGGGGCAGCUUUUGGGGCUCCUGCUAAAUCACUGAAAUAGCGUGCCCAUCGCAAAACCCAAACGCAGUUUGCGUCUCGCGCAUGCACAGUGGCUUCAACGCUAUUUCUUUGGGGCCCCAAAACGUUUGGGGCCCCUAUUCUAAAACUCUCUAUUGGUAAACUAUGUUUGUGUGUCUUUAGGCGCGUGACACCAUGUGCGUUUAGUCAGCAAGCAAACGUUUACUGCAACUUAUACUUCAUGUAAUAUAUUCAAAUACUUCGCUGUCGCUAUCAAUGCUUCACUUUUUGGGUGGAACUGUGACUUUUUAUUGUUUUUUGCACUAGGUACGCAAAGCUGUUUUGUUGCAUCGUUUUUGCUUAGCUUUGACUAGUAUGCCUCGUGUCAUUUUAAAAAUUUUUAUUUUUCAUUUACAGCCUUUGUCCAAAUUUUCAAGUGCACCGCACAUGUGAAAAAGUGUAUUUGGAUUGUUUAUUACACCCACUGUGGAACUUUUACUGUUUUGAAGCCACAGAGAUUUUAGAAGUGUUUAUGACUCUUGAACUUCGGAGCAACACGUGUGCUUGUAGGAGCACCAUCACAAAGCCCAGUGACAGUUGUUGUCUGUUAAUGUGUGCAGUGUGGCUCCAAAACUUUUGAAAAAGGCUAUACCUAGGCCGUUAGUGGUAGCCACAUUUUGUAAGAAAACUGCAAUAGAGUAGCCUCACCAACAUCUAUACCUUUAUGUUUAGCAAUAUCUAAUAGCAUCAUGCAAUGUCUUAAUGCUGCCCAAGAGCUUAUCUUAGAGCAAUUAAAGUGCCUCAGAUGUUGUCUGGAUUGAAGCAGGGUACACACCUGGAAAUGCCUUAGAUUAAAGCAAAACACACACUGAAAACUUUAAUUGAGGCACUUUCCUCUGGAAGUAACUAUGCUAAUUGUCAUAUACCAUAUUUUCCAGACUAUAGUCCACACCCAAUAUACAGCCAGCAGGGACCAAUCUAGGUCUAAAAUAAAAAGUUUUUUUAGAUAGUCCACACCUGCUGUAUAAUCUGCAGGGACGAACCUGUACACAGUAGAGAAGCAAAUAUUUUAUUGCCAACCAGUAAACAUCUGGGCCCUUUAUUAGGCUGCAUAUUUUAUUCUAUAGAUUUUAUAGUAGUCAAUCCUAAAAUACAUCGAACAUCAUUGCGUUUAAAUGUUGCAUAUAAAUGUGUGGCACAUUUUACAAAGAGGUUUUGUGCCUAUGAGUGCUCGCACGUCGAUGCACUCAAAGGCAGCCACUUCAUGUAUUGCGAGCAGCAUUCGCUUGCAUAUUGUGGGGUAGAAGUGUUGUUCGUGCGUAGCGAUCAUCAUUGCACAGCUGAUUUCACUGUUUUCGCACGGGAAAACUUUGUAAGUGCAGUGUGAACUUAUCUUCAAGCAUGCUUCCGACCUUAAAAAAUAAAAAUUUUUAUAGUCCACACCCAUAGAUAGUCUGCACUUCACAAAAUUUCAACUUGUAUAGUCCACAGGUUAUAGUCCAGAAAAUACAUAUAUGAAACACUGCUACUUGCUAUGCAAAGGCAAAAAGGGCAUUUUACAUUGUGAAGGUACAGUAUAUUGUAUUGUUGACCACUUAAAGGUUUCCAGCUGUAAUCUAUACGGCUGCUAUUCUUUGACUAUUACAUUGUGUUGUUGAGCGCUUUAGGUCUCCAGCUGUAAUUAACACAGUUGCUAUUGUUUAACUGACUUGUUUCUAUUUUAGUCUGUACAUAUAUUGUUGCAACAAGCUGCGUCUGUUAAACCUGUUGGUAUGCUUUCACGGUGCCUUACAAAUAAAUGUAUUUAAUAUGUUUUCCCUGAAUUUAAUUCGCUGGUUACAUUACCUUGCCAGAAUUGUCGACCUUGUAAACAUCUGUUUUCAUUGACAAAACGAGUCAACAUGGUGUGAGCACACACAUUUUGUAAGGGUGCCACUGUGUAUUAUAUGCACUCAAGCAUCCUGUCUUUGCCUCUCACUAAAGGAUUUGUUCAUCAUGCUAAAUAAAGGAUUGGUUGGUGGCAUGCAGCAGCAUGCCACCAACCACUGCAGAA